AUGGCCUCCCCGCCGUUUGAAAAAAAAAUCGAACAAAAAUGCCACUGUCGCCGAAACUCGGAACGCUUUGCGGAUUCACUCGCCGGGAAGCAGAUGAGCGUGACGGGAACUGCGUGCACGUCGCCUUCGCUGUCGUUGAUUAAAUCCACGUUGCCGUUGCGACGAUCGAUGUCUUCUCAGGAACCCACUGGAGAUUUGGGAGCUGGAUCCACGUCGUCGUCUUCGUCGUCCGCGUCGGGUUCAUGUCAUUCAUUGCCCGGAGUUAUUUCGGGUUUGUGCCCGCAUCAGGUCAUGCAGCGUGGACACGUGCUGCACAAUCACGGCUACCCGACGUUGCCGCAUCAUCCGCACGUCCACGCGCAUUCGGACGGUUCGAGUGGUUCUUCGUCACCGUCGAGCUCGGUUCCUAAUUCUCCUGCUAUGUCCGGAUCAUCUGCCGGGCGGUUGCACAGACCGUCGUCGUUGCACGGCCUCAAGCACAAACUACAGAAAUCUCUGCACACAUCGCGCCGGAAGUCAGUGGGCCACAUCCCAUUGUCUCCACUGGCCCGCACUCCAUCUCCGAAUCCUGCCCUCGGUGCCUGCAAUGUACCUGGCUGUCCGGGCGCCUUUGUGGUCCAGCAAGUCCCACCGCCGUUGAAUCCACAGCUCUUGCACCACUCGCCGCCGUCCUCGGGCUCAACAACCCCGUUACCAUUACCUUCACCUACAGCCGCCACUGCUUGUUCCAACACGCGCAGUCCAUCCCCACUCGCCAUGCCGUUCCAGCAGUCGGUCCAGUCUUUCAGUCCGGGCUCCAGCGUGUCUCUGGCGCCAGUGUCCGCAAAGAAAACGUUCACGCGACCGAAGUCUGCUGAGCCUGGUCACGGCGGCUGUGUCAGCCCACCGCAUGGCGGCUCGUCUCCGUUGUUACGGCGGGCGCCGCCAUCGCCUCUCGCUCUGAACUCUUCGUCGUCGUCUUCUUCUUCUUCCUCAUUGAAUCCGAGGAUACAACCGCAGCCGCAACCUUUACCAACAGUUCUUGUUACUGCGCAGUCUCCUCCCAGCUCCGUGUGUUCGCGUGCCUCGUCUCUUACUCCGCAGUCGUCGUCGGAAAAGAAACCUGGCGACGAGAAGCCCGACAGCACCAGUACGAGUGACAGCGACACUGAGUCUGGAGGAAGCUCGUGCAGCACUUUACGGAUGGAUGUUGCGCGGAAAGGGUCGACGGAUGCGAGUUCGUCGUCAUCGACGACGGCAAUGGACUCAGAUCCGAAAAGCCCGAAGCGAUCGGCGCAGGAAAAGCGUGAACUUUUUAAAACUGGUCCGAAAUGAAGCGCGUCGAGCGGGAGGGAAAAAUUCAAGAGCAUUGCAAGUUUCAAUGAGUUGUUUCACCAAAAACCAAUUACUGGCA